AUGAGGAGGCACAGCGAGACAGAAGUGGAGGAGCAGACCCAGGAGCUGAAGACUAUCACUCGGCUCCAGGAGCAGUGUCGGGCCCUCCAGAUCCAGGGGGUGAAAGAGAGUAUGAACCAGAACAAGGCCACGCUGGCGCUCCUGCACAGCAAGAUCCGCCGCGGGGCCCAUGACUGGGCUUUGGCCAAGAAGUAUGACCAGUGGAUCAUCUCCAAGGCCUGCGGGAAAAACGUGCCCUUGCGGCUGGCGCACUGCCGCAGCACCAUGGAGGUGGCGCAGGAGAAGCUGCGCAAGUACGUCUUCGACCGUGUGAACGCGCACAACCUGCUGAUCCACCUGGUGCGGCGGCGCGGGGAGAAGCUGGAGAGCAUGCAUCUGGAGCUGGCCAGCCUGCGGAGCCAGCCCGACGCCAGCAAGGAGGAGCUGCGGCUGCUGCAGAUCAUCCGCCAGCUGGAGAACAACAUCGAGAAGACAAUGAUCAAGAUCACCACCAGCCAGAACAUCCACCUGCUGUACUUGGACCUGCUGGAUUACCUGAAGAAAGUGCUGGCUGGAUACCCCACUGAGCUGGACAAGCUGCAGAACCUGGUGGUCACCUACUGCUCAGAGCUGUCAGAUAUGAAGAUCAUGUCCCAAGAUGCCAUGAUGAUCACGGAUGAGGUCAAGAGGAACAUGAGGCAGAAGCAGGCGUCCUUCAUCGAGGAGCGCAGGGCCAGGGAGAACCGGCUCAACCAGCAGAGGAAGAUGAUCGACAAGAUCCACACGAAGGAGACCAGUGAGAAGUACCGGCGGGGCCAGAUGGACUUGGACUUCCCCUCGAAUCUGAUGAGCAUGGAGAUCCUGAAAUUGAGGAGAAAGGAGACCUCCACAGCGGAAAUGGAAUACCAGACGCUCGUGACUGCUGCAGUGGAGAAGGUCAAGGGCGCUGUGCAAUGCUCCCACAUCUGGGACAUUGCUGGCCGCUUCCUGGCCCAGAGGAACACAGAGGAGAACCUGGAGCUGCAGCUGGGGGACUGUGAGGAGCGGCGGCUGCAGCUUAAGGCCCUGCUGAAGCAGCUGGAGCUGGAGGAGGCUGUGCUCAAAUUCCACCAGAGGCCCAGCUCCAUCAGCUUCAAGUCCAUUGAGAAGAAGAUGACGGACAUGUUGAAAGAGGAAGAAGAGAGGCUGCAGCUCAUGCACAGCAACACGACCAAGGGCCAGAAGCUGCUGCUGACCAUCCAGAUGGGCGUCGACAACCUCUAUGCCCGGCUGAUGGGCAUCCCCUUGCCCUCUGCCCAGAGAGAAGUGGUGCCCUCCGACGCCCUCGAUUUGUACAGCAAGCUGGCGUACUGCGAGGGGAAGCUCACGUACCUGGCUGACAAAGUGCAGACGGUGUCCAGGACGGAGGAGGCCGACACGAAGGUGAGGGACGCCCUGGAGUCCUCGACUCUGAAGGAGAAAUACAACACCCGGAUCAGCUUCGAGGACCGAGAGGAGGACAUGAUCGACAGCUUUCAGUUCGCCGACGUGGACCACAGCUACGUCCCGUCGCGCGCCGAGAUCAAGAGGCAGGCGCAGCGGCUGAUCGAGGGGAAGCUCAAGGCGGCCAGGAAGAAGAAGAAGUAGCCCCGCCCGGCCCGCUCCCCGCUUUGUUACACAAAUAAACGUUUUUCCGGGA